AUGGAAGCUGAAGCUGGCCGGCAGUCUCACCAUCAGGGGCUGCAGCUUACCCUGCCAUCCCCGGGAAUCCCCGGACUGGACGUUGUGAGAGCUUUGCAUCAGACUGUAAUAUCACUGCGCUCCGCUCUGGAUUCCUCGCGGGAAGAGCUUCGCCGUCUUAAGGAGAGCGUCGGUGAUUUUUCUGGCGAGAGCUACGUUGACGUCGUCGAGAGGCUCGCUCUCGAGAAUCACGUUCUUAGGCGGAAGAUCCUAAGCAGGAACAGUGAGUUUUCUAGUGAUGCUGCCACAAGCCCGCCGCCUCAGGCUCGUCUUUUUCCACUCGCAGUAGAGGACGUCAAAGAUCUGUCAGAGCAAGCAGGCGUACUCAUGGACGCGUCCAGGGACAAAGUCGACGCGGAGGACGUGCCGGAGGCAUCUAAACCGAUCAUCGACGCGGACGCCACCGUCACUGACAACGAGAAUCCUGAUUUGCAGUCACGCACGCUCGAGAAAACAUCGAGAAGUGAUGCAGCAGUAUCGUUGACCAAAUCGGAAUCCAGAGAUCAGAAGUCUAAGUGCACGAUGUCGAAGGACGCAAUGCUUAAAUCGCGACUGUCCGGUGCCAGUUUGGACGAUACGGUGAAAAGUGCUACUGCUGCUAACGAGGUGACGUCCCCUUUGAUCGACAGACAGUCGAAAGACAUCGAAGAAGAGGACGUGAAUGAAUCGCAGGCUGAUCAUUUGGAGGUACCAGAGAAAGAUCUCGAGGAUCUGAGUCUCAAGUCCGUCUCGGACGGUGAUAAUUCGGUAUUCAGCGAUAAUCCAGACACGCAAGUGUCGCAGCAACUACAACGUCAGAAUCAAACUGCCGAUCAACCGAAACCGAACGAUCAGUCUGAGAAUGAGUCCGAAGAGCUCGACGACAUCGAGCUGAUAUUCACGACGGAUGAAACUUGUCGGGACCUCGGUCUUCAGGAGGAUCUUGUCUCUAUAACCGAGACAGAAUCCUGGCCACAGCCUGCGCCCACUGGUCAACCAGUGUUGCUGAAGUACACUAAGUCGUCUGAAGGUGAAUCUCUGGUUUGCAACGGAGAGAAGACCAGUUCUGUCGAGGAGGCAGUUUCCUCGCAGAGUUCGAGCAUCGAUCGUGAGGAGAGCGUGGACAGAUUCGACGAGAGCUCUAACACCAGGCUGAAUAAAAUGUGGUCGCAGUGUUCGGUGCUGGUCGAGACAGACAUCAGCAAGUGCGGCGUGGUUGAAGAGCCGGAACACAUCACCAGACACGCGGUCAGGAGGAACACUUUGGCUGCACCACCCACCGCUUACAGACCAAUCAUCCACCGUGAAGCACUAACAGGCAGUCGACGAAAGAGUGCUGCACCACUGAGACCGGUGAUGGACAGAAUCAGCGGCGUAAGACGAGAAUCUGGCGCCCAGACAGAUAUUUCUGCUCUUCCAGCUCACUGGCGUUCCGAGAGCUAUCUCGCGCACAAAGUGGCUCACACGUUCACCACGUUACCCAGUAAAUUUGCUCUGCCGGCCGGGGUGUCUGGAAGACUUCGUUUGUCCGACAAGACCCGAGAAGCCAGAAGAGUGAUGCUGUCGGACAUCAAUUUCACAAGUAUGGUGCCGGAGCUGUCCAGAAGCGCCGAUCAUCUCUGCCACGAUCCACACGCACAGACUUGUUUCAGUUCUCGCGGUUGCGGUCUCCGCACACCGGACGUGCACCGACGCGAAUCGCUCGGCUCUCCGGCAGGAUUUUGGCCUCGUUGCAACCCCAGCACAGGACUUCCCAGUCCAUGCGACUGUCGCCUGUCCACCGAUCUUUAUUCCUCUCGGUAUCGUGGCUCCUUGUCUUCGAUACCGUCGCCAGGACUGGAAGUUGUCGGUGGCCCAUCACGAAGACACUCUUGGAGAGCGACCGCGGCAUCCUUCGACACCUGGAGAGUUCCUGUCGCCACUUCUACCCCAAGACCUACCUGGUCGUCCAUGCCGUCCUCGCCUACCCAUGUGAAUCCGCCUGCCGCGUCCUCGAAGACCUCGAAAAGCGUCCCGAAAAGGACACGAUCGAAAGUCACUUUUCAAGAAUGUCCGAUGACGCGAGGCAGUUUGCCGAACUUACGCUCGGAUUUGGUGGCCGGCGAUAACAGCGGCGACUCAACCGAAUCGUUGAUCGACGAAGCGGAGGAUUAUUUGCGACGGAGCAUCGACUCGAUGCUGACAAUAUCCAGUAGCGGCGUCAGUACGGAUUAUUGGAACCGACAGACAGCUAGGCGGAGACGAACGCGACGCUACUCUGAGCCCGAUCUCAUCCGUGACUGGCAUCCUCCACAGGACGCCAGACCGUACCUGCCAAAGAUACCAAGAGAUCUCAAACUGGACCAUCUCGUGAAGGUUAUAUCGCCUGAGGGUAAAGUUCUUCAAGGACGAGUGAGAUACGUGGGACCUGUACCAGGUCGUGAUGAAACACACGUGGGCGUAGAGUUACCCUACUUGAACGGAUACUCCGAUGGCACUUUUUGCGGCAGAAGAUUCUUCGAUUGCGAGCCUGAUCGAGCGAUCUUUGUGCCGUUCAAGAAGGUGAUCCUCGCCUGGUGCACCACUUGACCCGAGCCACCCAGCAACCUGACGACUCCCCGAAUUCAGUUGUCUCAGUACACCAUGUGAAUCGAAACGGUGAGACACAUACGUUUAGCGCGAUUCCCGGAGGUUUGUGAACGGGUACGUGACACUUCUAUUCUCCACCGUAAUGAUC